AAUCUGAUGAUGGUGAUGGCGAUGCUACUAAUGCAAGAAUAAAUUCUAAAGCCAAACAGUUUGCGACCUACGAUGGACCGGAUGAUGAUGAUCUUGAGAUCAUUAAGGAAAAUGACCUUGCAUUUCGCAAUGAAGACUCAGAAACGGAUGAAGGUGAUGAGCGGACAGAAGAUAUGGAUGACGAUACGGACCAAUCACAAGAGUUAUUCUCUAAGUUGCGAGAUAAAACUAAAAGAUCAGAUUUACGGGACAAAAUCGUGGAGUCUUCAACCUAUGUCACCGAUUACCAGUUUGACCAUACCAAUUCACGUUGGUGUGAUAUAGAAUUGCAGUUUCCCGCUGAUUCCAAAAAAUUGUUAUUGCUAAGCCUAGCUGAAGAUGCAUGUAAAAAGACCGUUAUCCGUGAAGUUAGUGGAAUUAACAAAAGUUAUCCAAUCACGAGUGAUAUUGAGGGAGAUACAUCAAAAACUAUUGCGACUGAAGGAGUUAAUUUUCGUCAAAUAUGGUUAUAUGAUGACAUAAUCGACAUUAACAAAAUUUAUUCUAAUGAUAUCGCCGCUAUUCUCAAAAACUACGGGGUCGAAGCUGCAAGAGGGGCUAUAAUGAAAGAGAUAUCAGAUGUAUUUGCAGCGUACAGUAUAAACGUAGACCCAAGGCAUUUGACACUUGUUGCGGAUUAUAUGACUUUUGAAGGAACGUUUAAACCGUUUAACCGAAUGGGUCUUGCAUCUAAUUCAUCACCUUUUCUUCAGAUGAGUUUUGAGUCUACUUGCAAUUUCUUGACUCAUGCAACGCUUAAUAAUGCUACUGAUACAUUAAAUUCGCCAUCGGCAAGAUUGGUACUUGGCAAAGUUGUACAAGGCGGUACUGGUAUUUUUGAAGUUCGUCAACUAUGUAAAACUUAUUAA